AAUUUAACUCGUUGUCAUGAACAAGUUAGCUUGAAAUUAACAUUAAUAUAAUUUAAUAGAUACUUCCUGAAGUUAAUAUCAUAUGACUAGACUAGACUAGACAAAACAUGAAACAUACUCACUUGCUAGCAGUAUCUUUGGCUAGUUUUUGGUUUAUUUUGUUUAGACGUUUUAAUGUUGUUACUUCUUGUCAUGUGCAAAAACUGUAUCCAUUUGACCAGAGACAAAUUCAUAUAGCUGCACUUGUUUUAGCAAGAGGAGGUUCGAAAGGAAUCAAACUGAAAAAUCUUACAACAGUCAACGGCAAAACCUUGCUCGCAAUAUCGCUGGAGGAAAUAUUAAAAUUGCCGGAGUUUCGAAGCGUUUGGGUAUCGACAGAUCAUGAUCUCAUAUACAAAGAAGCUGUUAGAAUAAGCAAAGAGGUCAAUGUUCAUUGGCGUAGUGAGGACAGCGCAACCGAUACGGCGUCAUCCAUCUUUGCCGUCCAGGAGUUUCUUUCCUUUAGACCGGAAAUCGAUGUGGUGGCUUUGAUUCAAUGCACUUCUCCGUUUGUUCAUCAUACAUAUUUGAAGAAUGCAAUCUUGUUGAUGAUGCACACGGAUGUUGACUGCGUGUUUUCUGUGAGCAAGAGUUUUAAGUUACGAUGGAUUCGUACAUCCAAUAGUGCUAUAUCAGCCCUGAAUUUUGACCCUGCCCAACGACCAAGACGACAAGAUUGGGAAGGAGAGUUUGUUGAGAAUGGAAUGUUUUAUUUUGCCAAACGAAGUUUGCUACAACAAGGCGUAUUCCAAAAUCAGAAUUGUGAAUUUGUUGAAAUACCUGAACAACAUGCUUUAGAGAUAGAUUCUGAGUAUCAUCUAAAGCUCGCACAACAUCUAGCUCAAUCUACAUUUAGUAAUAUUUAAAGGAAAAUUAUUAGUUAACAAAAUAUAACUUGGUUGCAUGGUAACAGCUGUAUUUUAAAUAUAAGUUGUUUAUCAUAACAGAAACGUUAACAUAACGUUUGUUAUGUUAAUUUAACUGUCAACUCAUUGCAAUUGCAAACCACACGUUUACACAUAUUUUUAAAUACAGAAAACAAACAAAAUGAAUCGGGGUAAUUUAUUAAGCCAAUCUACCGACAAUGAAGAGAGUCUGAUGUUUAGUAUUAGCGGUGCGAAAUCCUUUCGUAUUUCGCGACGACCAUCUUUAAACUCAAACGUUUUCCCGAUUGGUUUUAUGGGCAAUAAUGAACCAGAACAGUGUAUUCCAGAGCGUGAUACACGCCAGCCGGACGAUACACCAGUUAAGGAUAGUGUACCAGACCAAGCUGAUCCUGAAUUAGACGAUAUUCCAUUACAAGACGCCGGAGAUGAGGCGCCGGUGGUAGUGGAGCCCUCUGAUGAACCAGAACUGGGCGCAAGUAUUGAUACGCCAACCAUAAUGUAUCAAUACUCCGGGUCCAACAUACAGCGCAAUCCACUGACCGGAAGUGGCUGCAAUGACGAAAUGCCUGUUACUGGGAGGCGUAGGGUAGGAUCCACAUUUGGAUAUAAGAGGAUGUUGUAAAUCUCAUCAAUGCACAAGAGUAAUUUGUUAAAUUCAAAAUUAAUGUGAUACGUAUAAUGAAAUACAUAACUUUAUCAUCUUUA